GCGGGUGUCGCGUUAGUCGGCGUACGCGCGCGUCGUCCCGGCUGUGCUUGCUCGGCAGCGGCACUACCUCGCCGGCCCUCUCACUGGAGGGACGCCGCCGCGUCACUCGGAAGCUCAUUUAAGUUGCGCGCUCGUGCUAACUUUGUUUACAUCUGUGUCGCGCGAGUGACAGCUCGGCCCAGCGGGACAGUGCCUUACAACAAGUGCGAUGUCGGGCGCCACGGUGCUCAGCGAGGAGUGGAGCUCGGGCUGGGGACGCUGGCAGGCGAGGCUGGCGCUGCUGCUGGCGCUGCCGGUGCUGCUGACCGGCGCCUACGGCACCAACUACGUGUUCCUCGCUGCGCCCACGCCGCACAGAUGCCAUGUACCGGAGUGUGAGGGCAACAGGUCGAUGGGGGUGGCGAACGCGGAGCAGUGGGAGGGCGCGGAGUGGUCGCAGUGGGCGCUGCCGGCGGAGGCGCGCUGCGAGCGCUGGCAGCCCAGCCAGCACGCCUGCGCGCCCCACGUCUUCGACAACACCAGCGCCAUCGCCUGCGACUCCUACGUCUACCAGCACGGUAGCAGUAUCGUCUCUGAGUUCGACCUCGGCUGUCAGGAGUGGAAGCGCUCCCUGGUGGGCACCGUGCACAACAUCGGCAUGCUCAUAUCGCUGCCCAUCAUGGGCUUCGUGUCAGACAGAUGGGGCCGGCGCUCGGCGCUGGUGGUGAGCGGCUGCGGCGCGGGGCUGCUGGGCCUCGCCAAGUCCUUCGCCACCUCGUACCACACGUACCUGCUGGGCGAGCUGCUGGAGACGGUGCUGGGCGCCAGCGUCUACCCCUCCGCCUUCGUGCUCAUGAUAGAGUGGCUGGGCGUGGAGCACCGCAUCCUGGCCAGCCUGGUGCUGGGCGUGCCGCUGUCGCUGGGCGCGGCGUCGCUGGCGCUGGUGGACUACCUGGCGGGGUACUGGCGCACGUGGGCGCGGCUGGCGUACCCGCCCUCGCUGGUGCUGCUGCUGUACCCCUGGCUGCUGCCGGAGAGCGUGCGCUGGCUGGUGUCGCGCGGCCGCCUGCAGGACGCGGCGCGCGUCAUCAAGCGGGCCGCCGCCUACAACGGCGCCCGCGUGCCCGCCGAGGCGCUCGAGAAGAUGCUGCUGGAGCGCGAGCAGAUCGGCGCCAGCGCGGAGACCAACAUCGAUGAGGGCCUCUUCACAGCACUGCUCAAGUACGGCGUGCUGCGGCGGCGGCUGUGCGUGUGCUGCGUGUGGUGGAUGUCGGCGGUGUUCGUGUUCUACGGGCUGGCGGUGUCGGCGCACGCGCUGCGCGGCGCGGGCGGGCCGCACGCGACGUACGCGCUGGUGGCGGCGGCCGAGCUGCCGGCGCUGGCGCUGAACACGCUGCUGCUGGACCGCGCCGGCCGCCGCCCGCUGCUCACCGCCGCGCUGCUGCUCACCGCCGCCGCGCUCAUCGCCAUCCCCUGCCUGCCGCACGAGAGCGGCGGAUGGGGCACGGCGCUGUACCUGGUGGGCAAGAUGGGCGCGACGAUGACGCUGAACGCGCUGUACGUGUACACGGCGGAGCUGUUCCCCACGCGCGCGCGCCAGCGACUGCUCGCCGCCUGCUCCACGCUGGGCCGCGUCGGCGCCAUCCUCGCGCCGCUCACACCAUUGCUGGCGGUGUACAGAUGGUGGCUGCCGACGCUGCUGUUCGGGUCGCUGCCGCUGCUGAGCGCGGCGCUGACGCGGCUGGUGCCGGACACCCUGCACCGCCGCCUGCCGGACUCCUUCGCGGACCUGGACGCCUCCUCGCAGGGCGACUCCUCGGCGCGGGACACACCCGUCGACGACUCGGUGUGACCCGGUGGUGCUCUCUAACAGUGGAGGUGUACCUUCGACUGGCUCUCUGCUGGUGCACUGGACAUGUACACUCGACCUCGUUGUAGAGGUUACUUACAUGCUAUAUUACUCGCACGCUCCUGUUAAAAGUGCGUUGAUUCUGUUGUAAUUUGUAAAUAAAAGUAAGAAAAUUACUUUGUAAGGCAGUCAUAAAGAGUUUUUGAACAAUCCCAGUAAAACUACGAGUAGUUUUUGUUAUUACAUAAUAAAGAAACAACGCUACAUAGUUAUUAAUUAGUGUUUAAGAAAAUUUAAUGCUUUAGAUAAGUAAAAUCGAACUGUAUUUCAAAAAUACAAAUGUGUAAGACAGAUUAGGAAUUAAAUUAAUAAUCUAUGUAAAGACGAAUUGUCACAAUUUGUGUGUAAGACACAGUAAAGUAAGGCUACAUUAUUAGUAUGUAGUAGCCAUGUAUAUGGAAAAGACAGCACGUUAUGUUAAUUGUUACAAUACAGUUGUUAUAUGUUUGUCACCAGACAUGGUCUGCAUUACACGAGUAAGUAUACAUAUUAAAUAUUGCACAAAGCUGUAAAACGGCUGGAAAUUAAAAGAUUUUUGUAGUUUAUUUUAUACAACCUAUAGUAAAACUAUGGUUGUGUGCAUACAUUGUCUACUUAUUUGUUUUGUAAAACCAUUUAGUUAGUAUAGAAUACUGUUAAGGAAAU